CGUGGUGGUGGGUCGUGCCGGCUGGCGCGUGGAGCUACCGCGGACCUGUGUUGCAGCUCGAUGGGAUCUAGUGACGUUGCCACGUUCCUUGCGACCGCCGGACGGAAAGGCAGCUUCGUGCACCGCACCGCCUCCUUCAACACCCACGCCCCACACGCCCCCCUCGUCAGCCCCCCCGCCAUCCAGGCAGCCCUGGGCGCCUCCGCAUCCGCCACCACCCCCACCACCGCGCUCAAGACCGGCCGGGAGCCGCCUCACCACAUGGUAGCGGUCUCCAAUGACGAGCUGCUGAGCGUGCUGCUGCAGAUGCGGCUCAGCGACACUGCAGGCAGCCAGGGUGGCGGCGGCGGCGGCGGUGGAGUGGGUGGCGGCGGCGGAGGGUACUGUGGUGAGGGACGCAGUGCCUCCAUCAUGACGGUGGCGGGGGUGGAUGCGCUGAUGUCAACUAGGCAGCAACUGGACAUGCUGGUGACGAGCAUCCAGACAACCAUGACAACGGAGGGAAAUGGCGUCACGUCUUCCUUCCCAGACGAACUUGACCAGUUGGAGUUGUACGAUGUCAUCGGCAAGGGCGGCGGCGGAGUGGUGUAUCGGGGCAGGAGUGGCACGCAAGAGGUCGCAGUGAAGGUUAUGGAGCUGCCUGACUUGGAUGUCGGGGAGCCAGUCCUGCUGGCGGCUGCUGCUGCAGCGGCGGCGGCAGGCGGCAAGCCCGACCGCCCAUCUGACGCCCCUUCCACCCUUGGGGGGGCGCCGGGCGGCGCUCAUGAUGUAGCGUCUCCUCCUGCUGCUGCUGCUGUGGCGGCGGCGGCGGCAGCGACGGCGGCCAGGGAGCAGCUGCGGGCGCGACGGGCCCUGCUGCGCAAUGCAAUGGAGAUGGUGGUGCAGGGUCGCGUCAGCCACCCCAACUUGGUACAGGUGUACGCCGCCUACUCCAACGUGCUGUUGGAGCAGCGCUACCAGUCGCAGGACGGUGCCGCGUACUGCUGCCUGGUGCCCGCAGCAGCAGCGGCAGCGGACAGCGGCAUUGCACCCGUGGACCUGGCGGCACCUGGGGCCGCUCCCCCGCAGCCCUCGCAGCAGCCCUCCUGCUGUGCAAUCGUGGCUGAGCUGGCUGACGGCGGCUCCCUGGCAGCGGCGCUCAGCUCCCGAGCCUUCCCGCGCAUCGUCAGUGUGCAGCCGCCGCCGCGGACAACAGCAGGACAGCAGCAGCUGCAACAUGCGUUCCAGCUAGAUUUCAAGGGGGUGUACAUGACGCUGCUGGAUGUGGCGCUGGCGUUACGACACCUGCACUCUCUCAACUUGGUGCAUCGAGACGUCAAGCCGGCAAACCUGCUGCUCAAGACCAACCCACGCGACCACCGCGGCUUCACUGUCAAGCUGGCAGACUUUGGGUUCGUGCUGCAGCUGACAGAGACGGCGGAAGACGGCACUCGCUAUGCGCUUGUGGACCAGGCUUGCGGCACUGUGACCCACAUGGCCCCGGAGCUGCUGCCGGGCAAGGCCCGAGUGGAUGCCAGUGCGGACGUGUACAGCUUCGGAAUACUGAUGUGGGAGAUGGCGGCUGGAGGCUUGCGCCCCUUCCCGCACCUCCCCCCCGACCAGAUCCCCCGUCAGGUCUACAUGGGAGCGCGGCCCAUAUUCGGGGAGGCCAUCCCGCUGUCGUUCAGGAGUCUGGCUCAGGCGUGUUGGGCGGCGGAGCCGCAGCGGCGGCCUCGAGCUGGGGACCUGGUGGCACUGAUCAGUGCGCGUUUGCAGGAGUUUGAGUGAGGGCAGAGGGUAUCACUGUACCGGCCAUAUUCAUUCAGAGGGUAAGGUCAGGGAGAAUUUAAACCAAUUGGUACUUCAUGUUGGGGUGGGGUGGGAUGAAGGGAUGGGGCUGCGAAGGGUGCCAGUAUUGGUGUGGAGGUGUUGAUGUAUGUGGGGUGUGGGGUGUGCAAUGGACUGUGUACUGAUAGGAUUGCCGUAAGAAAAUGGGAAGAAAGUAUUGGAAUGUGUUUGAUGUUAAGCAUGCCGAUUUUAAUGCGUAAUGCUGGUGGUGCUGUGGAAAACGUCGUUGCGAAUGGCGGGCAUUUGAAUGGUGAUUGCACUGCGCGCGUAUUUCUUAUACGGUGUCGUUGUCUUGCUGUGGGGUGUGGGGUGUGCGGGAGCAAUGCACUGCUGGUGUGGCUUCAAGCAGAUAGCGAGGCCCCUGCCGUCUUUCGCUUUUGGGUAUUAGUUGCGCUCCGACCUUCAAUGUGCCCCUGUACUGAUGCCUGCAAGGAGGACUGUGGUUUGCACUGCUCUGUGCACUUGUGCAAGGUAGAUUGGUCGCAUUAAAUGAUGCGGAUGGGAUGGGUAUUGCUGCAGGCCUGAAUGCAAAGAAAGACGUAAUGAGGGCAGCGAUCAAUGGAAUGCGAGUACAUUUCAUGGGUCGGAUAUUUUGCAAUAAUUUUCCAUGUGACGUCCGUGAUCUCCGUACGACGACGCGUGUGGUGGCUAUUCUUGAAGGCUGCGUGGGCUCAAGUAAAAUAUCUUGAUGUGUCGUCCCCCCCCCGAGGGUGUUAUCAUUUUUUGGAAUCCAGUAUUCGGCUGCUCAACUCGCGCCAGUGAGGGAAAGGAAACCACCGGUUGCCUUUAUGCCGUGUUCUGAAUACUUUGACGCGAUGGUGUAGUUAUGCUGGGCCCCAGCGGCUCCAAACGCUUUCGCCGCUCAAUGGGCGGUUCGCCUCGGGUG